AUGGCCGACGUGGCCGCCAAGGACGGAAGCCAAGAGACGGCGGUGACUUUGGUGGGCCUGAUACUUGGGCUCAUCAUUGCACCGCUGGUGGACGAAAACUACUUCCUCAUCUGGCUCUUGUUCGCGGUAUUCACCACGGCUCACCUGUUCGCCAACUAUCGGGCCGUGCGCGGACUCGUCAUGGACACGCUCAACCGCCAGCGGCUCGCCAUCGUGGUGACCCACUACCUCGGUUCCGCGAGCCGCGAGGUGCUAUCGCCCGUCCAGGCCAGCGCUCGGGAGUGGCCCCUCUGGUUUGCAUUCAUGGACCGAGGCCACCCGAUAAGGCUCGGCACCUCGCUUGCGGCCCUGCACCCUCGGCUUCGCCUACCCUCCGACAUCGCUCUUUCGGGCCUUACCGUCCGCUGCGCCUAUCUCACCUGCGUCUGCACUUCCGGUGGCGCGGCGCUUCUCCUCACGCCGCCUGCUGAACGCUCUACCGACAACCAGCAACAACUCUACGGCGACGAGGAAUGCAGCCUUGCGGGCCGGCCGUCGAUCGAAGUGCUGCUGCGGCAGGAUGCCGACCACGGCGUGAUGAUUGAGGCCUUUGCUUCGGCGCUGGUCGCACGCCGCACUCUGGGAGAGCUGCAGGACCAGGCGUGCCAGCCUGGAGCACAGCCGCUGACCCUCCGCCGCCUGGCCGCGGCCCUACAGAGCGAGCAAUCGCGCCUCUUGCCGCCACUCGUCGCCGCCCUCUCCACAACGGGGUGGCAUACCACCCGCUCGCUUUUCGGACCCGGUCCCUAUCGCUACCGCUCAGCAUCGUCAGCGUCAUCGUCCUCAUGA